UUCAAGUUCACUGUCAAUUUCCAAAAUAUUCCAGAUCACAGAGAACCACGCCGCCGCUCGAUAUUCGCCUUCACACCGGUCGCUCUGUUGUGUUUUAUUUGUCCUGAACUACUUUACUAGUAAAGGAUAUUUCAAAGUCCCCAGAAAUUGACCCGAAAAUCUACCGUCCAAACCCACCAAAAUGUCCGGUGCAAGACACUGGGAACAAGACAAAGACUCUACGAUAUAUAUCGGCAAUCUUGAUGAGCGAGUCACCGAUGCUCUGGUGUGGGAACUUUUCCUGCAGGCCGGGCGUAUCGUGAAUGUUCAUCUGCCAAAGGACCGCGUAACUCAGACUCAUCAAGGCUAUGGUUUUGUGGAAUUCACCUCAGAAGAAGACGCCGAGUAUGCCGCCCGGAUCAUGAACCAAGUCCGGUUAUAUGGCAAGCCAAUCCGGGUCAACAAGGCCAGCGCGGACAAACAGAAGUCAGUUGAAGUUGGAGCCGAGCUGUUCGUCGGCAAUUUAGACCCUAUGGUGGACGAAAGAAUGCUCUACGAGACAUUUGGGCGAUUUGGGACUCUAGUUGCUGCUCCUAAGAUUGCCCGAGAUGAGAACAAUCUUUCCAAAGGCUAUGGCUUCGUUUCCUUUGCCGACUUCGAGUCGUCAGACGACGCCAUUGCCAACAUGAACGGGCAGUACCUCAUGAACAAGGAGGUCACUGUGCAAUACGCCUACAAGAAGGAUGGCAAAGGCGAGAGACAUGGUGACCAAGCCGAACGAAUGCUUGCUGCUCAAGCAAAGGCGCAUGGCGUCCAGCCCACCCCUGCUACCAUUCCUCUCGGUGGCCCUCCCGCGUAUGGUGGAGUGCCCCCGACUCCGACGACGCCUGCUGGCUUCGGCGCACCUGCACAUGGGCCCCCAGCCGGCAACUACCAAGCCGUUCCUCCACCUGUGCAUGCAAGACCACCGCCUCCGCCUGUUGCGCCUCUUGCUGCUCCCCCCAGCGGUCUUCCGGCCCGUCCUCCGCCAAGCCAGGCUGGAUAUGGGGGUCCGCAAGGGUACAUGCCGCCGGGGUUCAACAAUCAAAUGCCUGCGCCGUAUCCCCCACCACAACCCAAUGCUUUGCCUGGCGCUUUUGCUCCUCCUCCAGGUUUUGGAGGGCCGCAAGCUGGAACAAUGCCUCCUGCUCAGCCGGUUAUGCCACCAGCGGGCUUUUCCGGAUACGGCAUCAGAAAAUAAAAAGGCUCGAACAAACUUGAGCAAACUGAUAUUAUGAUAUUACCAAUGCCUCGGCACGCUGGGGUAGAUCGGGCUUGUGGCAUGAACUAUGUCUGGUUAGAGGACUGAGGUGUCAUCCGCCAGGAUCAUGGAACCAAGCAAAGGCAACACUCCGGUGUGCUUCCUUCUCAACCCUCAAAGGAUUCGGCUUGUCCAUGUCGCAUCACUCAUGAAAAGAAAGAAAGUCAAGGCAUCCAGGCAAGGUGAUAAUGCUACGUCGCACACCACCGCGCUUGCCACGAGCUGGACGCCGAACAAACUAGCACUCCUACCACAAUGACCAGGGUUUGAGGCUCCAUGCCGUAGUCACAUAUCACAACAGCCGGAUUCCUUUCGGCUGUCCACUUCUCAAACGACCAGGCGCUGUGACAGGCGUGACCGGCAAGCAAUAUACCAUGCACCCAGCAUGGAGAACUCAGUGUGUCCAUCGUCAGGCGUUAAUGUCGCCGGCCACGGGUCCGAUCAAAGUGGGCGGGCGCAAAUUCAACCACUGAUCAAAAUGGCACGGGAUUGAAACGCCGAGAAGGAUGUGCUUGAAUACCUCCCAUCACUGCAGCUGCUCAACUUUAUCAAGCUUCGACCUCCAUUUCCCUUGCGAACCAUGCACUGGUGAAACGACCCCACCGAGCCAGGAGAAGACGUUGUUCGUCGCACUGAAGAGACCUGGAACCCACCCAUGGCAACUCGGAGCAAUUCUCCAUGACACAGGAGUCAUCUCAUAGCCUGGCGUUUAUAGAGAUGUCUGUCUAUCUCGGCACAGUAAAUCCUGCCUUGCUUGCGUUUGUUGUCACCGAGCGGUGUCUUUGCUGGCUCCUAGUAUCACGCAAGAGAUCAUUGAGUCAGAGUGCCAGUCUUGAGACUCCGACAGUCGACAAGCUUCCAAGAAGAAGGGGAAAAAAAAAAGAAGGGAAGACCAGAUUCGUGCGCCGGAAGCAGGAGCCUAUCAAUAAAUCCUAGUCUUAUCCUCACUUUUUACACCUACUUGACUUGGACAGAUAUGUUGCACAGGAUUGGGCUGCAGGAAGAACAGAACAUGGAACUGGCGAUCGUGGGACAGACAGACCCCGAGCACAGCCAUGGCGAGUCAGGCUGAAGUGUCAAUGGUCAGACGUGGGUUUUUAAAUUUUCGAGAGCUCUCCUCGAUGACCGCCCAUCGUUCUUCGAAGUACCCAGCAUCUAGUAACUAUAAGAGUGAGGGCAAGCAUAAGAGCCAAGAGAAAACUAAAUAAAUGAGCGUAAAAAGUUGCUGGUCAGAACAGUAGAGAACAGCUUGGUGUGCUAUGUUGCUUUUCCAAGGCACCUAACGUACCUAUCUAUAUACGUAGGUAUAAUCUUACAGGUUGCGAAACGGCAAUGGAAAAGAAAGAUACAAGGCUGUCUGCCUCUAUGUCUGUCUGACCUCUGCCUAAGUAUACAGACUUGACCGGUCUCCAAUCAUCGUGGGAUCAAUCGGCCCAUCCCUCAUUCUAGAUGGCAGGCAUCCACAUAUCUCGAAACCCUAGACUUGCUAGACAGUAUAGACAGCGU